AUGGGUUCUCUUCCAACUGAGACGAUGCUGGCAGCACAAUAUAACACGGCUAAAAAUAAGGUGGAGGUCAACGAGGUUCCGAUUCCAAGAUAUUAUCGAAAUGCUAUGGCGUUGCCUGACGGAAUGGAUAUGAUCACCGCCGCGCCACUCUUCUGCGCUGGUAUCACGGCGUAUCACUGCGUCAAAGGUUGCAACCUCGUCCGAGGUCAAUGGAUCGCGAUCAUCGGCUGCGGCGGUCUGGGCCACUUGGCUGUACAGUACGCCAAAGCAAUGGGGCUCAAGGUUAUCGGGCUGGACAUUUCCGAUGCACAACUUGAAGAUGCGAAAGCCCUGGGUGCCGAUGCUACCUAUAACACCAAAACCGACAUUGAGUACGAGGCGAAGAUUAAGAAGCUCACGGAAGGCGGAUGUCAUGCAGCUGCUGUUUUCAGCGCCUCUCACGUUGCUUAUGGCGAUGCUCCUAGAACACUACGGUAG